UUAAGUAACCUUGGUCCUCGGUCUUCAUCUCUACUCCUAGGUUUGCAGCUCAUUGCUAGUGUAACCCAGUGGAGCAUGUGUUCUAUUGGUUUCUUUUUUGUUUGAAAUCUUAGUACUCCUUCGUACAGAAUAGAUUACGACAAAAAAUGCUGGGGAGAUUGUGGAGAGCAGCAGCUAACAAUUAUUCCAGGGCUGUUCCAGGGAGGAAUAACUUCGUCCAUGCUGCCCAUUUCUAUCCGUCUUCACGUAUUCAUUACUCGGAUGUUGCGGCCACCGUAGAUUCCGCCGUGCCUGAUCCUACCGUGAAAAACUUCACCGCUAAAACGGAUGUGAAUUUGAACAAGAUGUUCUGGUCAAAACCUUGUUCUUUGGCAUUGCCUGCUGAUUCACCGCUGAGAAUUGAAGAGCCACAUUAUGAAGGAAUCAAGCGUUUUAUCCUUAAACUGAUGCUUUUCUAUAGCAAACAGAGCAAGUCUAUUCGUGGGGCAAAUGUAAUUUACCUCCGAAUUACUUCUCAAGUUGACAAACCGGCAAUCUAUAAUGUAUUUAGGCUGGAGAAGACCUUUAAAACAACAUUUGCCUUGCUUGUGCUCCAUAUGUGGCUUGUAUUACGCCGCUUAAAAGAAGAAGGAAAAGAAGGAGGAGACUUGGGGCAGUACUUGUAUGAGAGAUACAAUCAUGAUGUGGAAUUGAGAGUUGAUAAGGAAGGGGUCAAAUUGCUGUUGGGCAAAUGGAUGAAGAAUUUGGAGAAGAUAUUUUAUGGGAACAUUGUUGCAUAUGACACUGCCAUGCUUCCUGAAGCUAAGAAGGAUGAGUUGCAAAAUGUGAUCUGGAGGAAUGUUUUUCAAUCUGAUGAUGGCGAUUCGUCUAAAGUACCUACUGAUGCUGCCUUAGUACCUCUUCAGGCAAUGUCAAGGUAUGUUCGUCGAGAAUCAGGUUGCCUAUCACUAACAGAUAAAGAAGCUCUGUUUUCAGGCAACUUCAUGUUCACUUCAUUGAAAAGCUCGAAGAGUUGAUGUCCCAAAAAAGGGAAAACAAAAAAAAGAAAACAUUGGAUGUGAACUCUGGGAAUUCAGAUAGCCAUGCCAGAAUCCAUAGCUUGCACUUUAGAUUGAAGUCUUACGUGCCAGAAAUGCUUUGGAAAUUGCCAAAUUCUUAUUGAAUCCUCGAUACCGAGGCUCCCCAUUGGGCUCGUAGCCAAACAAAGGGUUGGUUGUGUACAAUUUGUUCGUGCAUUGAAUGAUUACCAAUUAUUUUUGGUUGUUGGCAGUCGGCUAAGUAAUGAUGAGGAAUUUUUGUGUCUUUCA